ACAUGACGUCACCCGCUGCUCUGCGCUCCUCCAGCAGAAACGCGCAAAGAUGCUCUGAAAGCAAGACUGCAGCAUCUCCGAGUCAGAGCCUACGAAAACAUCGCAUCUCCUUCAAGCGCUCGUCCAGCGCUUCAACACCAUCCAGCUCUAUCUGCAGGGUUUACGUACCUGCAUGCGGGAUCCGCUGUUUUACCCUUUCGCCUCUUGUACAUUUCCCGUUGCUAUUUAUUAUUCGCGCAUCAUCCCAAUUUUUAGCAGUGAAUCUUUUGAGUUGUGCUGACCACUGAGGUCGCAUAUUGUUUUCAGCAGGAGAGCGCCAUCGCAGAGCCACGAGUGAGGACGUUUCCCACAUCACUUGUUAUUAAUAUCAGUAACAGCCUGAGCAAAAUCGAGCCACUGGAUAUCGAUGCGUCUUUCAUUCUGUAUCUAGGUUGCUACGGAGGAUCGACGCACCCCAAACAUUCAUAUCAUCGUGGUUUCACAUUUAGAAACAACAUAUCUGCGUAUCGCGUGUAGGGAAAACGAGAGCGAGCCUACAGCUUCUUUAUAAAAAAUGAUGGCCGGUGGGGCAGUGCAGCAAAACGGGAUUUUCUCCAAUCCGCAUCAUCACAAUCAACAGCCGCACAUGGAGUCUGAUCCCCCCGAUUCCCGCAAAAGACCCCUGGAGACCCCGACGGAGGCCAGCAGCACCAAACGCACAAACACAGGAGAGAGAUGCAACCAACCGGCCAUCCAUGAUCCACCAUUUUCAUCAGAUUUUGUCGGAUUUCACGAGGAAGGCGAAUAUUUCUUAAAGGUGCUGAUUCCAAGCUACGCCGCAGGCUCCAUCAUUGGCAAGGGUGGUCAGACUAUUGUCCAGCUACAGAAAGAGACCGGGGCCACCAUCAAGCUGUCCAAAUCCAAAGACUUCUACCCGGGAACAACAGAGCGUGUCUGCUUGAUCCAGGGCACUGUAGAGGCGCUGAAUAGCGUCCAUGACUUCAUCGCGGAGAAGGUGCGGGAGAUGCCGCAGAGCGCUCAGAAAACAGAGCCAGUUAGUAUACUUCAGCCACAGACCACAGUCAACCCUGACCGUGUCAAACAGGCCAAGCUGAUAGUGCCCAACAGUACAGCAGGGCUGAUCAUCGGCAAGGGUGGAGCCACGGUGAAGGCCGUCAUGGAGCAGUCCGGUGCCUGGGUCCAGCUCUCACAGAAACCUGAAGGUAUCAACCUGCAAGAACGCGUUGUCACCAUCAGCGGGGAGCCCGAGCAGAACCGCAAGGCCGUCGAGAUCAUUGUGCAGAAGAUCCAGGAGGACCCGCAGAGCAGCAGCUGUCUGAACAUCAGCUACUCCAACAUCUCCGGCCCUGUGGCCAACUCCAACCCCACUGGUUCUCCGUACGCCAACUCAGCAGAGGUGAUGCCGGCUGCUGCCGCAGCAGCGGCGGCAACGGCCUCCAGUCUCCUGGGGCAGGCCAGUCUGGCUGGAGUGGGUGCUUUCCCCACCACCAUGUCCAGCUUCUCAGGGAAUGACCUGCUGGCUAUCACGUCCGCACUAAACACGUUAGCCAGCUAUGGAUACAAUACCAACUCCCUGGGUCUAGGGCUCAACCCUGCAGCGGCCUCAGGAGUCCUCGCCGCUGUGGCUGCAAGCGCUAACCCUGCUGCAGCCGCGGCCGCCAAUCUGCUAGCCUCAUACGCCAAUGACGCAUCCACCAGCGCCGGCCACCCAGCGACCAGCCUGGGAGGUUUCACGCUAGGAUCGCUCGCAGCCGCCACUGGAGCCACCAAUGGCUACCUGAGUGCCGCUUCUCCGCUGGUGGCGAGCUCCCUACUGGCCACUGAGAAGCUGACAGAGGGGGCCAAAGAUGUGGUGGAGAUUGCAGUGCCGGAGAACUUAGUGGGCGCCAUUUUGGGGAAGGGAGGCAAAACGCUUGUGGAGUACCAAGAACUGACGGGAGCCCGCAUUCAGAUCUCUAAAAAAGGAGAGUUUGUUCCUGGCACCAGAAACCGUAAAGUUACCAUUACCGGAUCGCCAGCCGCUACACAGGCAGCCCAAUAUCUUAUCAGCCAGCGAAUCACAUACGAGCAGGGUGUGAGGGCCACCAAUCCGCAGAAGGUGGGCUAAAAACAGGGAGUAUGAAAAAAGGAGAGAGAAAGAGUGGGGGAUGGGGAAGAUACAGAGAAAGAUGGAGGGCGCGAAUAACGACGAAAAUCAGCCACUUUCUUUGUGGGAAAAAUCUCAGUAUUAAAAAAAAACAGAGGAAAAAUUCCUCUCAAAGUGGAAAAUUUGAAAAAGAAAAAUGUGUAAAAUGUAAAUAUGGGUUUAUUUCUUAAGUUUGAAUCUUUUUGGAAUUUUUAUUGGUUGAUUUUUGUUUUGUUUUUCUUUUUGUUUUUUGUUUUUUUGUGCAUUUUCCUGGACAGCAGUGAAUGGCAUUUCAACCUGGCAUGCUGCCGCGCUGCAGUUCCCAGCAGGUGGGCAAGGUGGUCGGAUGGGGGACAAUGGGGUGGAGCAAUCCCAGGAAUCAGCCCUUUCCCCACCCCCAUCCCCUCCUAGCUGACAGAUUUUUGUUCUUUAUUUUUAGUCUUUAGUUUAACUCCCACCCUUUCGCCCAUGCCUCCUCUUUUAAGAGGGUCUGAGACUGAUUAUAUAUCCCCCCCCCCAGUCUGUGACACCCCAUACCCCACCCCAGCCCCCCUCGCCCCAGCCCUCACGAUCCCAGCCGGCCUGACCCUGCCCCGUGCCGGGCAGGAUAGGGCAGGGGAUGCGAGGCUGCUGCAGGGUCUCAGCGUCACUAGACAUUGACCUGGGGUUCCAGUUCGACCAGGUGCAUUGCCACUAGAGAUGUUGUUAGCAUAAGGGAAGCUUGUAGAUCAUGUUGCGGACAUAGGCCAGGACGCAAAAUGCACCUGAAUCUUUCGUACCAGAGCUCCUAGAGUUUGUGGCAUUUCUCUAUGGGAUUCGAGAUCUGGUGUUUAUACAAAUACUAUUAUCAUUAUUAUUAUUACUACUACUAUUAUUAUUAUUAUUAUUAUUACAAAUUAUCAUCACCAUCAACGUUAUUUAUUAAUAUGAUUUCACCCAUAAGAACUGAGGUAUUUCCUUUUUUUGUUUUUCUUAAUCUGUGAAUUCAGGUUGACAUGAAUGUAAAGACAAUAUUUUGGAUUUAGUUUUUUAUUUAAGUAGAUUGAAUCGUGUGUCCAUGUAAUAUAUGUCUUAUUUAACGUCCAGUGAUAACUGCACCGUCGGCACCAACAGAGAGAAUAGGGGCAGAUGUACUGUACAGUGAUAUUAAUACACACAAACACACACCCUCAGCAAACUAUUACCAGAUUUAAAUGCUGAAAAUGCAACUAAACAUACGCAGACUUGAAAUCACAGUGGGACUAGACAAUUUAUUCACAUAUCUACUGAAUGAGAAUGUAGGUCUUUGCACAAGUCCAAGGGAGUGUAUCAGAGAACGACUUUAUAUGAAAGCCAAUCUCUUUCUGUAACAUCCCAAAACAUAUCCCCGUCUUUACUCUACGCUGCCCUUCUGCAGUGCGAGACAUUGUGCACUUUGAGCCGCUGCAGUUGAAUAUCUGCGCAAAUGUGCUGGAAAAUUUGUGUAGAUAUUCCUUAUCAAAUCAGAAAUUGGCCCUCCAGAGCUCUGAGGCGUUUCAUGAACACAUACUACUGAAUGACUACGAACAAAUUCUGAUCGGCACAGGCUGCUUAGUAACAUGGUCUGCGCUGGAAGUCCCUGGUUGUCUGCUCUAUUGUGGCUAAUAUGAUAACCACAACAUUUUUUUAAUAUACUGGUUCUGGUUGCAUUAUACUGAACAGGCUUGCCCAUGUGAAGAUCUUCCUGUGCAGGUCAGAACUAAACAUGUGCGACGUAUGUGCUGCUAAUAAGGUCCUAUUUUCUUUUUGUUUUGAAUCUGAGUACACUGAAUUUCGUCUUAAUGCACUGUGAAGUGUGGAGGCCGUGAUGGAAGGCCAAAAAAGUCAGGGUUUCUAUAUCGUUAUCGUAUUGAUGCAUCACCAUGAUGGAAUGUACUCAUGUGGAACGUCUCAUAUUUAUAACAGCCUCCAUGGAGUCAAUGUAUCGCUCACCGUACACUCUUAAAAAUAAAGGGUUUUUUUUUCGCAGCGAUGCCAUGGAAGAACCAUUUUUGGUUCCUCGAAGAACCUUUCAUUGAGCAGUUGUUUUUUCCUUAAUGUGAAGAACAUUUUAAUAAUCUAAAGACCCUUUUGCCACCGUAAAGAACCUUUUGUACAAUGGAAGAUAAAGGUUCUUUAUGGAACCAUCAAUGCCAAUAAAGAACCUUUAUUUUUAAGAGUGUAGGGUGGAAAAGAAGCCUGGAUGGUUUGUUAGGUUGAGGUCAGACUCUUCUGAGCAGUUUUUUGGCAUCAUGUUGCAGUAUCCAACCUUAACUUUCCAAGUGUGCACUAACUAACCGCCAGCCUACCGUGUAUAUUUAUCGUGAAGGGGCAGAGGAUGGUAUAUUUUGUAUGUUUAAACUAUGUGUCCUCCAAAUCUAUUCUGUGUCUAAACAACAUAUUGAUUCUUUACCGGCUGGAAUGAGCUUAAAAAUACCAAACUGUUCCUCAUUACCCACAAGACUUGUACACGUUAGCACAGAGAGCAUUUCCCAAAGAAGAAUCAGACCAACAGAGAAAGACAGAACUGUGCUCUCUCUCCCCCUGACUAAAAUUAUGAUUCUUUCCUCUCCUUUGCUAUUGGAGCACCAGGGAGAGUAAAUCUGAACCAAUUGGUAAGGAGGCUUCUUUAUUCUCAUCUAAAAACCAUCACCUCCCCUCACCUCUUCUCAACCCCCCUUUUUACCUUUGUGCACCCCCAUUCUGACACAUCAACCCAGAGACCCUCUUUUCUCUCACAUCUCUCCAUGGGUGGCGAUGUCUGGUGUAACAGUGCAUGUCUGCUUGCCCUUUCACGAAACUGACAAUGCGAAAGGGAAGAUGCGCCUACAGUUUAGAACUAGAAGCUUGCCGUAGAUCACGUUCGAGCACAUCACACCUUCAAAAAGGGACUUACUAUGAGCCAUCAAUGUGUUUGUAUGGUGUGCAUGUGUGUGUAUAUGCGUGUAAAGGUGAUAAGUUUGGAUAGAUAUGAAUUUGUCAAGCAGUUGUGCCCUACGUGAGGAGGUCUAACAAGCGUUUGAAACAGCAACGACUCCAAGUACUCAGAAAGAUAGUUGAACGUUUUUGAGGUGCAAAAUGAGCGUUUCUUUUCAAAUGAAGGGACACAGUAGUUCAGACUUGAAGAUCGAGACGAGGAAGCGAUGGCAAUCGAGCGCCUCCGCAUUUUAGAGUGCAUCUGUGCAUUCGGUUUUACCCAUGAUGCAGUACUUCAUUAGACACUUCAGAGCUCGUUCAGAGCUUGGUAGAUCCCCCAGAUAAUUUUUAUGUUAAGAAACGUUACAUGAUCGUUCAAUUUGAUUAAGACACACUAAAAGCAAGAUAUUACUGUGACAAUUUAAUGUGAAAACUAUAAAAAGGUGCCAACAUAGUGUCAAGGAGCAGCUUUCUGUUUUGUUGUUUCUGUAUUCAGUACUGAAAGUACAUAUGGGGGUUUCUGGGUUUUUUUUUUUUGGUUUUUUUUUGUUUGUUUUUUUAGUAACUGGGAAAAUAGAACAAAUGUGAUGAGUACUGAAAGCAAUAUACGUAGUAGCAUGUCGUCAUGUCUUGUCCUUUUAUUCUGUCUGUGUAGGAGCUUUGGAUUUACCUAGAUGUUGAGUAGAUUUGCAUAUACUAUUUUUUAAGUUGUGAAGAUGCUGCUAUUGAAUAAGUGAUGUACUAAAAUUUAAGAUUAAAAACAUAUCUGGUCAGUCAUUUAGCAGGAUGUGGUAGUUGUAAGAGGUGUAACUAAAUGCUACAUUGAUAAUGAAAUAAUUGCUAUAUCAAUGGAUUAAAUAAACCUGUGCCAAAAUAGAUCUUUACGGAUUUAAAUGUGAUUUAAACACCAUUAGUUAAGAGCAGACGUACUUUUGUAAUUUAAAAAAAGAAAAAAAAUGUGAAAAGUGCCAAACAAGCCACAGUUAAGAUAUAACUAGUGGAGGUAAAGUGACUAGAGAAGCAAAAAAUAGACAUUAGCACUAUAAGGUUGAGAGUUUUCUGCCCCUUAAACUAACUAGUCCUUGUUAAAAAGAAGGGAUGGAUUCAUCUCAUAGGCCAAACAAAAGCAGGGUGCCAUGUGGCCAUUAACACGCAUCCCCGGGGCUAGAAGACUGCCGAGUUAGCUUAGCAUGGUUAAAGUUUUAUAAGUUAUCAGCAUUCUUAAGUCAGCCUUUUAUAGUUCUGAAAAUGUAUUUUGUGAAGAUAGAUGUUAUCUUUUUUGCACGUUGAUAUUUGCAUGAUACCAAGUGAAGCGUGGAUUUAAAAAAAAAAAGUGAAGACAAAAAAAUCAUACAAAAAAAACAAUUAGGCAAUGUGCAUUCAUUUUGAGGACAAAUCUUUGCAUGGCAACAACAGUUCGAGCUAUUAAAUUAGCUUUUUCACAUUUUUAACUUAUUCUUUUUUAGUUUUGCUAAGACCAAGCUGGAGUUUUGUUGUCCUGUGUGAAAACUAGGCCACAGAAACCAAAAUCAUUCAUAGCCAUGGUCAUAUCCAGCGUCAUAAUAAGAGCACUCAUUUUGUACAGACUUAUCAAUGUUUUGUGAUAAUUUAUAAGAAAAACAAUGAGAAAAGUUGGAAAAGGAGGGUUAAUUUAGCGACAUUAACAUUCAAACAUGGUCGUGAAUGUAUUCACCACUACAUAAGUUUGCAUAUCACUCUUUCGAUCAUGAUUUUAGGGCUUGUGUUUGCUGUGUCAGUACUAACAACAUCAUUAGGCUUCUGUUCUUUAGCUUGUUCUGCCAUCACUGCACAUAAAGCUUGACCCAUUAUCACGAGAAUAUGCACUUUAUAAUUCUCUUACGCUUCACGCCACCCCAGAUAAGAACAGCCCUGUUUCCGAACGAGAGCAAAUGCAAUGACACCGCUAAACUGCUUGAAUCCUUUACCUCAGAUCUCCACGAAUAAAGGAAAGGGGACGGGACUUUCCAAUGACGUCACAAUGCAAUGAUGCGGCACUACUGUUUGCAUGAGAAAGGAUUGGCCAGAUAUUUGAAGCUGACCAAAAAAAAACGACAGAAUAGUUUUUACAGAAAUUGGAAAUGUUGUUAUUUUGACAGUGUUUUUUAUUAUUAAUAUUAAUGAUAAUAAGUGCCAAAAAGGGCAUGUCUGAUAUAUCAUGACUAUUGUUUUUGUUUUUUCCACUCUCUUUCUCUUUAAGGCCAUCAAAAUUGCACUGUGCUUAGUCAUGGUUGCUUUUUAAGCUACGCUUCUGUGCACAGUUGUGUUUUUGUGCAUGCGUUUAGCAGUUUCGCGCCCACGUUUCUCUCCCAGGUCGCUGGGAUUGUCAUACGCGGUCAAGUCGAGAUGAAUGCAAACUUAUGGUUUAGCUGAUGUCGAGAAGGUCAUUGCUUUUAUGUGGGCGCAUGGCUAGAGCUCGUCGCUCUUCCCAAACCCCACACGCCCCCCAAGUCCAACCCCACCCCCCGGCCCUCCACCCCCCACGCCAUCAGAAGACGACAACCCGGGGUCACUUUUGAGCUCGUACCCAUUGAAGCACCAGCAAUGUUAGAAUACAUUUGUCAUAUCACUGUUCUGUUCUCUUUUUUUAUUUUCCUGUUUUUAUUUGUACGACACUCUCUAACCUAGACCAAGUAUAACAAAAAUGUCAUUCAUAUGUAUCCUGUUUACUCUCCCUUUUUCUCCCUUUUGCACUUUCACUGCUCCCCUUUUUUCCAACCACUCCCCACUCUUCUGCCGACCUCCCCCUCACACCCUCCCAGACUUUCUCCUGAGUGCCAAACAAAAACAGUACCAUUCCAAACUUUUUGAGUUCUCUUGUAUGUUGGACAUCCAUUGGACGCACCCAUGAAGCCAGCAUGUUUCUCCAUAACAUGAUGUCAGUCAUGACGCCUCAACAUUACCCAAAAAGCGAGCAGUAAAAGCAAGACCUGGAUUAACACGGUAAAAACACGGCUGGCUACCUCUCAUAAACUGCUUUUCCUAAUUCUCUGUCAUCUCUUCAACCUCCAGGACAUCACUGAUUGUGUGCCAUAAUGUUGGGGGCACUGUCACUCUCCUCACCCCCAAGUCUCUCCAUUUGAUUUUCUCGAUGGAAAACAUUAAGCGCAAGCAAAGAAAAAAAAAUCCAUUUUAAUGGCAGGUUUCUUUUUGUUCCUUUAACAUAAAAACAUGCUCAAAAAAGCUGAGGAGUGUGUAAACCUCAGCCGUGCAGCCAUCUUCUGUCUUCUGAACUUUGAACUUCUCACCCCUCAUGAACUUUAUUGACCUUCUUCCUCCCCUUCUAUGUUCAUCAAAUGUUUGGACUUAAAAUCUCCAUUCCAUCUCCAAACCUUUUUGAGACUGUGCAAUUCUAGUUGAGAUGAUUGGAUUUAUUUUUCCUUUUUUUUUUUCUUUUUUUUUUUUAAGUCAUCAUUGGGGACGAAAAAAAUUAUAAUAAUAAAAAAGACACACGUACACAAACAUAAGUAAGAUCCAAACUGUUUCCUCCACGAUUUCAUUAUUUUCUCUCAUUGUAAAUAUCUGUCAGAUUUGGUUGAACUGUAACCAGAAACGUGUUCAUCGUAAUGGGGCUGGCAGCAUAAAAUCGCUUUUGUGGAGUGCGAUGUGAAGUUAAACUAAAGCGGCUCCUUUUUAGAAGAGCGUCAAGAAAUUGAUUUAGUACUGUUGAAGAUGGUUUUAGAGCCACAUAUACGCAGUGCCCCUCCAAAUAAUGCAGAAUCACCACUAACCGCUAAACUAGACUAAGGUUAGCUUGAACUGAUGGUAGUUGCUAAUCUCAUUGUACAUAUCAGACGUGUCGAGUGUAAAUUGUGAUACGUGUUGAUUAGGUGUCUUGACCAUUGCAGCAUCUGUUCCAAGACGAAAAUGUUUCUCUGUGAUGCCGAACGAUCAUUUUCAUGCGUCUCAACCAUGCUUGAGCUCCACAUCUAAUGUUUCUAUGCUGCCAGCUUUGUUUUCUGAUAACCCUUCAUGAGCUUAUUUAUUUUCAAACUACUAUACAUUAUUAAUAAAUGGCAUCAAGAAACUAGACAAAAGGGAAUGACUGGAAAGAUGAAUUACUGUUUUGUUUUUAGUAUUUUAGUGUUUUUAACAUCAUCCAUUAACUGACUUAAAAAAAGUAUUAAAUAUUUAAUGUAACUGUAGCAUUGUGUUUGUACAAAAAAUAGUGAGUUGUGUUUCUUGACUUGUGGAUUACCAGUGAAGUCAGCAAUUUAGUGCUAAUAUCUAUUAAGUCGUUCCUUUUCUUUUUCUCUUUUCUUUUUUAUUUAAGGGUUAUUAUUUUCCGACAGCAACAGCAGUCAUUAUAAAUGUUCAUUUUACCAUCACCUGUCUUCUGUUGUCUUAUUCUUCACCUCCCACUACACUCAGUUUCAUCAAAUAACACAUUGCAAGUUCGUGCCUGAAACCAUGUGCUCGGUCUUGGGGGAGGGGCCAUGCUGCGUGAGUGAUGCGAGCGAGUGAGUGAGCGAACGAACGAAUGCGACUGCUUGCGAGAGGCUUGGCCGGGUGGGUGUUAUGUCUUCUGUCCACCUAAAGCUAAAACCUGUUGGGUUUCCAUUUACCAAUGGAACCUGCUGAUGUUAUAGCUGAAUCCCAUCAUGUAAGCCUAGUUGAUUUUGAUCGUCCAUAACUCCCCUUCCUCCGUUUGCCAACCACUUUCCACCACUACCUUUUCCCUCCCCCUCUUACGAGCCAUUCCCUCGCCACGCACCUCCCACGCCAUGUGAUGUUCUCCAUCGAUAACAUACUACUCGACCAGACCCACAUUAACUCUGUUCUCAUGCCUGCAAAGGAGGCGGUUGCCAGUCAACUCACCCUCCACUCAUGAUCCGCCAUCAUCCCUUACCGGCUGCCGGGGCCAGGCCCAAGUUAUUAAAAUAAUAAUAAUUUAAAAAAUGAGAAAAAAAAAAAAAAAUACAGACAAGUGACUCUCAGGGUGUUUACGUAAUCUACCUUACUCUGUGAUCUCACAGAACCGCAACCCAGCUCUCCCUCAAGCUUUUUAAGGAGCCCAAAGACAAUUUACCAUGUAUGAUUGCUUAUCAAGUCUUCUUCAAGAAAACAAAACAACAACAACAACAACAGAAUGAUAUGCACCCAAUUAAAGGAGCAAGCAAAAUGCUGUAAUGUUUACAACCUUAACGAGACCAACGCUGUUGAAAGAAUGUGUAGGAGUUCAAAGACAAUUCUUUAAUAAUUAUUCGAAGUGACUUCAUUUUAAUUGAUCAUUUCUAUGUGAUAUGGAGUUAUGUGUUAACUGAGGCAUUUUGGAAACAUUGCAUGUUCCUCUUUUUUUGCAAUGACUUACAUUUUUUUAAAUGUCAGAAUGGCUGGUACAGUGUAAAGUUAGAGCUACGUUUAGUUGCUAAUAAUAAACUACAUUGAUGUCAGUGUUCAUCUCACAUAUCUUGGAGAAAGGUACCGGACUGUGGUCCGAAAAGAAAAGAAAAAAUUGCGUUAAUGUAUAGAAUUUAUUCAUAUUUGUAUAUGGUGACAGUGAAAUAAAGGAUGUACUGGAAGUUAUCAGGGACACGUGGGUAGAGUUUGAAGGGCCGCUUACAACACCGACUGUAAAGCUCACAGUCAUGAGGUAAGUUACAUGAGGGGGGAAAAGUAUCAAUUUUGUUUUAUCUUUAUUUAAUACAGUAUAUGAAUAAGAAAUACAAGAUAUAGAUGCUUUAAUGGAACUGGCAUCUACAUGUUAGAGUUUACUCCUUUAAAUAAAGCUAGUAAAAACAAAAUUCAACAGUGAAAUAAGCCUGAAAAAGAAUAUUUUAGUAUGGGUGUCUUGAGUGUGACUGAUAUGCAAAUGCAGCAUGUGCGAUGUAAUCCAAUGUAAUUUGCCAUUACAUGCUUGGUAAAGCAAAGCCACCGGUCGUUUUGCUCAUAAUGCAUGUGGUUUUAGGAUGAAGUCAAUUCAAGAUGAUCUCAAAAACAUGAUAAAGUCUCUUGAUCAUUGUCAUCCACCCACUUUUUCUGUGCACUAAUUCAUCCAACCUACAAAAACCACCUUCACCUUCCCAACAUGUCUCCAAAGCCAACACCAACUAAAAGCACCGCGGAAAAUCCCAAUAUAGUCAUCGGUCAGUGGGCUUGACCGGUCUUCAUGUUGGCUUCCAGCACAUUGAUCUGUGGUGGAGACCCCAGGGAAAUUAACAUUCACUGCAUGAUUAAAACCUGUCUCACCAAACCAACCAUAAACUAAAGAAGUAUCUCCAGUGUUCAGACAAAACGGCUCAAUUUAAUUGUUAUUUUUUAGUAAUGGUCUUUUAAACACAGCGUUCAAUUCUAAUAGGAUGUUUUGCAAAGAAUUGAUGCAUGUUGAGGGAUUUAAACGUGUUUACAGGCAGCUUCUAGAUAUUUCGCUCUGGUAAAAAUCAAAUGUAGGAUUGUUUCUGACACCAGCCGUCACGCAGAAGUAGUGAUUUCACAAUCUAGCCACAAUCCCAUGAUAUCUAUAUCUGCAUUCAUAACUCGGCCCAAAGCUCCGAGCUCCUUUUUAAACAUGGAAACUGUCAUGAUGAAUAAUUAGCUCUUUCAAGUGAAAUCAUCUCUCCCUCUCUCUGUAUCCACUGGGAAUGGUGAGCUGGUGUAGCCGAAGCUCCAUCAUUUCAAAUGUAUCCAAUCUCGCUAAUUGUGCACCUUUACCAGCCUUAGGCCAUGAUUGAUUUUCCCCGCUCCAACUCGGUUCCUUCCCCUCACCUCAAACCCAACAGGCUUUUUCUCGUUUCAGCCCAGCUGUUCCAGAAAGCAAGCCUAAUUGUUUCUGCCCCCCCCCCCUUCUUUCCUCGGAGGGGGAGAGAGAGAGAGAGAGCAAGAAGCAGACAAGAAUAUGCUCUCAGCCCUCAUAAAUCCCUAGAGUUGGAAAGCAGACCUGUGGAACAUGUGCAAAGAUCUCCAGUCCUUAGUCCAGCACUUUUCAAGGGAGAACACGUAGUACUCUGUCCUGAGAUCGCUUCGGCCUCUCUCAGCUAUUUUUAUUAAGAUGAACUGUCUUUGAAUUUACCUUGAAUAUUGUAUGUGCAUUUGUUGAACGAUAUCUGUUGCAUAUUUUUAAGUCAGAUUAGUUCAAGUGACCCUAAAAUGUAUUUGGACAUUUAAAACACACUUAAAAUGUACGAAUUUCUAUAUAUAUAUAUAAUUUAAAAAGUGUGUGUGUAUAUAUAUAUAUACAUAUAUAUAUGGGUCAACAACGUGACGGUUAAUAUUUUUUUGUCCAAAGGCCUUAAUAAUAAUAAAAAACAAAGAUAUGACAUCCAAAGUAUGUAAGGUAGUACAACUAGAUCUCUUUUAUUGAAUCCAAAAGGUUUGAAUUAUAUUUUGCUACAUAUAAAGGUAUUUUAAAGAUUUUGAAGUGUCAAAAGGUCAUUCGGUUUAACCGUCCAAAGGCCAAUACAGCCAUUUCAUUUGUGAUUAAAAUAUCUUAAAAUGUAAUAAAUGUAUGUAUUUUUAUUCUGGCAUGAUUUUAUAACAUCAUAUAUCAACAUAGUGCAAAGAGGUAUUAAAAUUAUGUGUAGAAGUCAUUGUUGUCAUGAGAAAAAAUGUCCGGAAAAAUGAAUUUCAUUGAUGUCAUUCGGAGUAACCAAUAUAAAGGGACCAUUUUGGAUCAAGUCAUGCGGUCAGUAUCAUGUGACAGGAUGUGACAUCAUUCAGACACCUGCAAAGGACUACAUGGUUGUGAAGCAAAGUAACUAAAUCUCUUUUAACUAUUUGAAAAAUUCAUGUUUUCACUUGCUCAUACGCAUGUCCCAAAACAUCAGGUCAUUCGGUACAACCGCUAUAAAACAUGGAAAAUGUUGUAAUAUUUUAAAAACUUCUACUAAAUAUAAAAUAUUUGAUUGUCCUUUUGCUAGCUAGAUAGCAAGCUAACUCGCUAGCUAGCUAGAUAUCAGCCUGUUAGCAUUGUUUGAAAAUAUUGUCAUUCGGUGUAACCAAAAGUGUAAUUCAAUAAAAACCAAAAUUUUGGUUAAACUGAAUGAUUUUUUGGUGACAAAUUUUGUCCAUCUUGUAAAAAAUGACAAAAGCAGCAUUAAUUGAUUAUAAAAACCACAUAAUCUCAUUGCUAACACUUAAUAAAACAACAAAAUUAAUUAUAUCUCCAUUAUGUUUUUUACACUUUUAAAAACCUUAUUUGUCAAUGACCCAUAUAUAUUAUAUUUAUAUAUAUAUAUAUAUAUAAUGAGUUAAAUAUAUAAUUUAACUUUUUAAAUUAUAGAUAGACUAGAUGAGCUUGAUUUUGUUUGAUAUCUAUUUGUGUAUAGUUAUGCUAAUACUAACAUACUGUAUAUAGUUUAAAAAGUUUAAUAAAACAAAAGUAUAAAUUAUACAUGUUAUAUAAAUAAGUAUAAAUUAUAUAUAUAUAUUUAUAUAUAUAUUUUCUAUAAUUUUAAACUUUUGUGAAAUGUUUUAAUGUAUUUGUCUUGAUUUUUUUUUAAAACAUAUUUAUCAUACAUUUUUAAUUAUUGUUUAUUAUAAUUUUAACUGCUUAAGUGUCCAAAUACUUUGUGGGGUCACUGUAUAUUGUUUAUAGAUUUGUAUGACAUCAAAAUGACUGAAGUACUAUAUUUCUACAGAUGCAUCAUUAUAAAAUGCAAUUAUGUGCAGAAAAAAAGUUGAAGACUGAAAAAAUGGCUGAAAAUCUGUCACUACAAAUGUGUAAGAGUAAAUCAUUUUGAUAUGCAAUCUGAGCAACAGCUUUCUGGCUGCAAAUAGGCCUCAGGAAUGCAUGAGCCGUAGAUCUAAACAAGCAGAGCUGUCCCUCUUGUUUCCUCAGCUUAACAACAGGUUUCUGUCUGUGUGGUGGUGCUGAAGUGAACAGCAUGAAUUCAGCAGGAAAUCUGUACUUUUAAAUAGGGCUGACUCCUUAAAAACAGCUAGUAUACAGAAUCAGUCAGUGUGACGCAGUCUAAUCAAUUUAAAGCUAGUGCGUCUCGGAUACAUGAAGGCUUGUGCUGAUACAGAGAGUAGCUGUCACGUCAAAGCGAGGUCUGGCCCACAGGAAGAGUAUAAAACAAAAGUCAGCAAUCUGAGUCACAGCAGAAAACCACUUUGUCCUCGUUUUCCCCCAGAUAACUUUUUGUAUGAAAAUAUAUCAACUGAAUAUACAAUAUAUAUAUUCCUUUUUGUAUAAUCAGUGACUAAUGCUAGUCUUCAAUGUACAAAUCUGACCUUAAAUACUGUUGCUAAGACAAAACCAAAUCAGAUGGUGGUAAACUAACUGUGGUCCAUAAGAAUAUGUCCUUUUAUCAGCAAUAAUGUUCGAAACUUUAUAAGCUACCUUUUUAUGGCUUUGAUAUAUUUGUUUGAAUGUUGCGACAUGUAUUUUGACAAAAUAGUACAAAAGUGACAAAAACAAUUGAUUAAUCACUCCAAUUAAUGUACAUUUCGAACACAUUUCUUCUCAGUUACUUGUUUGUGUUUUAAGAAGUGCAAUUUAGAAAGCAGACUGUACUACGCUGAAGCAAGAAAAUGCUUUCUUAUCCUACUGUGAAAGAAAACCGCAGGCUUCCAAGAAGACAUAAUCAUUGUUAUUCAAUUAUAUAUAAACCCCACCCCUCAGAUUUAAACUCUAAAUUCUGAUUUAAUUUUGCUCCCUUUUCUUUAUUUAAAGAGUAUUACAUUUCCUUAAGUGGAAAUUUUGACAGACCAAAAUAUCCAUCCAGUUCCAUUUCACUCAAUUUAAACUGGUUUCACGCAAACACUGAAAAUGAUUGUAAUAGUUUUGUAUGGUUUUUUUUUGUUGUUUGUUUGUUUCUUGCUGUUGUAAUAUUUCUAACAAAUGAAGCUGAUAAAUUAUCCUAGAGAUCAUUCGUAAUAUAAAGAAUAACUUUUAACAUCAGUGUUUUAUGAGUAUAUGUACAUAAGAUAAAGAAAUAAAUUAAGAAAGUUGCAAUGCAAAGCUGUGAUUUUAAAGCACUGUAGCGUGUACAGUGAUUUGUUUUUAUCAAUUUUAUGGUACAUAUGAUAUGUUCUGCAUUUCUGCAGUUGUUGUUUUCUUUAUGUUCAUGAGCAUAUGCUUUAAUAAAUAUGUUUUUUACUGUA